GACAGCUUACAAGACUGCAUCCAUUCUCAUAAGAACUAACAAGCAGAGAUGAGAACCUGACCCAAGAGCAAAAAAGGGAAAGAUGGCAAGUGAUGAUCAUCAGCAUCUUCCUCUGUUUGAAACAAGAAGAGCUAGAGGAAGGAUCAUCUAUAGAGUCUUUGCAGCUACUGUGUUUACAGGCAUAUGUUUGAUAUGGGCUUAUAGAUUGAGUUACAUACCAAGAAAAGGAGAAGAUGGCAGAUGGGUUUGGCUUGGAUUGCUUGCUGCUGAGCUUUGGUUCGGUCUUUACUGGGUCGUCACCCAGGCUCUCAGAUGGAACCAAGUCUAUAGGCUCACCUUCAAGGACAGGCUAUCUCACAGGUAUGAGAAUGAGUUGCCUGGAGUGGAUAUAUUUGUGUGCACGGCAGAUCCCACAAUAGAGCCGCCUGUAAUGGUGAUAAACACCGUUUUAUCGGUUAUGGCUUAUGAUUAUCCAUCGGAAAAACUUGGGAUCUAUCUCUCCGAUGAUGGUGGGUCACAACUUACGUUUUUUGCUCUCUUGGAAGCAUGUAAGUUUGCAAGAUAUUGGAUACCUUAUUGCAAAAAAUUCAACGUGGGACCACGUUCACCUGCUGCUUAUUUUGUCUCUGUCUCUGGUCAACAUGAUUCCGGUCUCUCUCAGGAUUUGGACGCCAUCAAGAAAUUAUACGAAGAAAUGGAGCAGAGGAUUGAAGCCGCAACAAAGCUAGGUGGAAUUCCUGAAGAAGCCAGCCUUCAGCACAAAGGAUUUUCACAAUGGGAUCCCUACUCUUCACCUAGCAACCAUGACACCGUCCUUCAAAUUUUGAUAGACGGGAAAGAUCCAAAUGCCACAGACAUUGAUGGGUGUCGAUUGCCUACUCUAGUAUACCUAGCCAGAGAGAAGAGACCUCAACAUCAUCACAAUUUCAAAGCUGGGUCCAUGAAUGCAUUGAUAAGGGUUUCGUCAAAGAUCAGCAAUGGGCAGAUUAUUCUCAAUCUAGAUUGUGAUAUGUACUCAAACAAUUCGCAGUCCGUGAGGGAUGCUCUCUGCUUCUUCAUGGAUGAAGAAAACGGCCAUGAAAUUGCUUUUGUUCAAUUCCCACAGAAUUUCGAAAAUGUUACCAAGAAUGAAUUGUAUGGUUCAAUGCGAGUAAUUGGCAAUGUGGAAUUCCAUGGCGUGGAUGGUUUUGGGGGUCCUCUGUAUGUUGGAACUGGGUGCUUCCACAGGAGAGAUGCUCUCUGUGGAAGGAAAUUCACAAAGGAUAGUAAAAUUGAAUGGAAGAGAGAUAAUGAUCAUAAGAGACUACAGAGUACACAAGAAUUAGAAGAUGAAACAAGGCCUCUUGCAAGCUGUACUUACGAGCAAAACACUCAAUGGGGAGAUCAGAUGGGAUUGAAAUAUGGGUGCCCAGUUGAAGAUGUAAUUACUGGGUUGUCAAUCCAAUGCAAAGGUUGGAAAUCAGCUUUUUUCAAUCCAGAAAGGGAAGCAUUCCUAGGGGUUACAGGAACCACCUUGCCUCAGAUAAUAGUGCAGCAUAAAAGAUGGUCUGAAGGUGAUUUUCAGAUUUUGCUUUCCAAGUAUAGCCCUUUAUGGUAUGGGUUUGGAAAAAUUUCCAUUGGCCUUCAACUUGGCUAUUGCAGCUAUUGCCUCUGGGCUCCAAACUGCCUGGCAACACUUUAUUACACCAUUAUUCCUUCACUUUAUCUCCUGAAGGGCACAUCCUUGUUUCCCCAGGUCUCAAGCCCCUGGUUCCUACCAUUUGCUUAUGUGAUAUCUGCUAAGUACAUUUACAGCCUGCUUGAAUUCAUGUGGUCUGGGGGCACAAUCCUUGGCUGGUGGAAUGAACAACGAAUAUGGCUAUAUAAAAGGACAACCUCCUACCUCUUUGCCUUCAUUGAUACAAUUUUAUUGAAGUUAGGAUUUACUGAUUCAACAUUCAUAAUCUCUGCCAAAGUUGUGGAUGAAGAUGUGUUUGAAAGAUAUGAGAAAGAGAUAAUGGAGUUUGGAACUUCGUCUCCAAUGUUCAUCUUAGCUACUCUUGGCAUGCUGAAUGCUUUCUGCUUCAUUGGAGUGGUGAAGAGAGUGAUCAUGGUUGACGACAUUUAUAGAAUCUAUGAGACAAUGCCUUUGCAAAUUCUUCUUUGCGGUGUUUUGGUUCUCGUCAACUGGCCUUUAUAUCAAGGCCUUUUCCUGAGAAAGGACAAGGGCAAGUUGCCAAGUUCUAUAGCAGUUCAAUCAUUUGUAUUAGCUCUUGCUGUUUGCACCAGCUUCUCUGUUAUGUCCUGAUUUUUUUUUCUUUUUUUGAAAGAAUUAUGAUAUGGAUUAAUUAUUACUUAUUAUUUAUAUUCAAAAUCAAACCCAAGACUUCUUUUGUCCA